AAGGAUGAACUUAUUCGAGAACUAAAUGCCAGAGGAAAUUAUGAGGGUGAUAAAAAGAAUGAACUUGAGAAGAUCUUCGCAGAGGAUUUACAUGGGGUUCAACGAGUACCAGCAUUACUUUACACAAACCCAACAUCAACUCUCCAAUCCAUCAACUGUGACAAGUACGAGAUCCUUAGCUUUGCACCACUUCAUGACAUCGGAAAACAUAUUGAAAACAUUUUUACUGAACUUCCACAUCACCUUCCUGAAAGAGAGGCUAUUGCUGUCAAGGACAUUAUUACUUGUACAAUUGGUGGGAAGGAAACUAAACGAACAUUUGAUUAUCGUUGUGCCCUUAUCAUCCUUGCAAAACAAUCGUCCAAGAUUAUCAGUUCGAAGCUGCUUCAGCACCUUUUGACCACACUGGUGGAAAUUCAAAGAAUUGCUUACAGUUCAGAGGCGGAGAGAACUCCUAAGUCUGUUCUUCGCAUGCACAACAUGACAUGGUAUCAUCGCAUCUUGUAUAGAGAAGUACUUGGAUUCAAGCUUAAGGAAAUUACCACCCGUAAGCUGUAUGGCAAUUAUUAUCAUGACAUCACCAGCCACGCUGCAAUACAACAUCGCCUGAUCAGUGGAAAAGCAUGCAAUGUCGAAGAGCAAGAACGAAUCUUUAACACCAUUACCAACAUCACUGCGUCUACCUCCUCCUACCACCCGAGUCACAUAAUUGGAAACAUCUUCAUCAGACUGCAAGCCGAGAAACAGAUGCAAGCUUUCCAAGGCUCUUGUUUCUCUAAGCAAGAAGCAUCUGUUUCUAAGCUUGCACCAUCACUACCGUCUUAUGGUAACACCGUAAUUCCACAAGACCUAAAAGAGAAGCACAUCAGAUCAUGGCAAGCUCACCUUGAAAGAGUUAGUGAUUUUCUCCUGCCAGGUAAAGGAAUCUGGUGGAUUGAGCAUGAGGAUGGUGAUACUGAAUUUCUUGAUGGGGAAAAGAAAUCAAAUAUAAGUGCGCAAGGUCCUUUACUUCACCACUUUCGGUCCAGCAAUUUUUGUGUUGAGGAACAGUACCUUAUCGAUUGUUGGAAGCAAUGCUUAACAAAUGGUGUUAUCCUUCCAAUAAAAGCCAUUCGAGUUGAAGAUGAGCACGGUCAGUUGGGUCCUGUAAAGAGUCACAUUCCUAUUGUUGGUAAGUGGGAGAGUAAAACUGAUACUUAUAGGGUUACUUAUGAUAAUGGACUUGAGUAUGAAAAAGCAAGUUGGCUUAGGAAGAGAGGUAGUGAUAGUAAUCCAGUUAGAAAUGUGGUUGCAUCCCCUAUAAAUUCAGUCAAUGGGUUCCUGGUGAAGAUAAAAAUUAGUUACGGAGAAAGGGUUUCGGUAAGUUUGGUAAGUAAGUCUGACUAUAGAAGGUUUAUUGCUGUUAAUGAUUUUGUUGUUCCUAAAAAGAUUACAGAAACAGGGCUUCUUCUGUUAAACGAGUCAGUGCAGGCGUUCUCAUAUUCCAUACUAGGGGCACAAGCAUCGACAAGAACUCCAAUUGUCGGUGAGUUGGGAAAAUCAUUUUCUACCCAGGUAA